GUAUCAUCAAUUUGACGAGAAGUCGUCUCGUCUCCCAAAUUUAAGCUGGCCGACGGCAACUCAUGUACGCGAAAUUGAGGAAUAUCCAUGGCUGAUCUCAUCGAAGAGGACGAAGGGAUGGUUAAUAUCACUCUGCGGACCAUUGGUCCUUCUCCCGCCUCAACCCUCCGGGUCCCUUCUGCGAUAAAGGUUAGAGAGUUGAGAAAAUUGAUUGCUGGGACUUCUCACUUGCCUCUUGAGAAUACAAGGCUGAUUUUCCAUGGGAAAGUCUUGAAUGAUCAUGAUUUGAUAAACGGCAAUGAUUUAUCGGUCCAUCUUCACAAUAAAGAAACUGUGAUUGUUGCCAGCAAACCAAAGCCACCUGCUAAGCAUAUUCGGGACAGUUUUGAGGAUGAUGACGAAGAUCUUAAAUUUCAACUUCCCAAAUCAGCCAGUCGGUGGAAAAGGAGGCUUUUCUUCAUAUUACAUGAUAAAUUUAAGCUCCCAGAUAUGCUUUUGAUGGUGAUUUUCUCCCUCAGUCUAAAGAUGUGGGCAGCCAUUGUACUGUGGUUUGUUCUGGCACCUUUUGCACAUAGAUUGGGUGUUGGGCCUCUAUAUAUUCUUGGAACCGGCUUUCUUAUAAUUUUCUACAACCUUGGGCAUCGGCAACCUGGUGAUUUGAGUGCAUACUCAAUAUUCAAUGAAGAUUUCAGAGAACUUCCCGGAACUCUCAAUGCAGACCAUAUCGACAGGGAUAUAAGACACGGAAGGUUUUGAAGGCAACGUGUGCACCUACAUCCCAUGUUCACCUGAAUAUCCAAAUCAGAGUUUCCAGAAAACAUCGACGCAAUCACCUUUCCACAAAAAAGUUCUUGCUUUUUCACAUGGUGGGGACCGAAACAUGAAAUCAUGCACCUCUAGGAAACAUAUCCUUGUUGAGUGUUCAAGUCAUUUUGGAUGAGAAAUGUAGAUUGUGGUUCUAACUCAAAACACAUGUGUAUAUUCACCAUGGAUGGUUUGCACAUAUUGAUGACAUAGAUUUCUCAAUUAAGUGUCUCCAAUUAAAAAAUAGACUUUUGGAAGUUUGUGGGGUUUUGUAAAAUUUAGAAAAUAAUAAAAAGUUAAUGUUUGAUGUCA